CCUCCUUCUUCUCCAUCUCCUGAUGUAGCUCUCAUAUCUUCAGCAGAUCUAGUUAUGUCUGAAAUUUCGGGCUCUCUCCCUUCACGUAAUCUGGACAGCAGCAGAACCGAAACCAUGUCUCACGAAGUGACGCAGGAAUACGACUUCAUUGUCGUGGGAGGAGGCACCGCAGGAAGUGCAGUCGCUGGUCGACUUGCAGAGAACCCUAGUGUGUCGAUUCUGUUGAUUGAAGCUGGUCCAGCUGACGCGAAACACAUCCCUGAAAUCAUGACCCCAGGACGAGCAUUCGAGCUGCGCGGAAGUAACUAUGACUGGCAGUACAAGACGACCUUGAUCGACCGUCCCGAGUAUACGAGAGUCGAAAAGCCCAACACGAGAGGAAAAGUCUUGGGUGGAAGUAGCUGCACUCACUAUCAUACCUGGGUCAGGGGUAGCAAGGCUACUUACGAUGACUGGGUAGAAUACGGAGGUCAGACGUGGGAUUACGCGCACUGCGAAAAGUACUUUUCCAAGCCAGCAACAUACCACGAUGACGAAGGAUAUGCAGACCCAUCCCUAUCCAGGAUCGGAUCAGGAGGCCCCAUCCACAUCUCACCUGGCUCCUUGGUCCCUGAGCUGGAACCCUUCCGACAGAGGCUGGCCAAGGCAUGGGUGAGUAAAGGCCAGAAGGUCACUGGCGACGUCUAUGGCGGCGAAGUAAACGGACUGUUCAAAGCCGUCAACUCGACAUACAACGGCCAGCGGUCUUCGGGCUGGAUAUUCGUCGAUGGUAAACCCAACGUCAACGUUCUCGAUAGAACACACUCGAAGAAAAUCCAUUUCGACGGAAAUGUCGCGACGGGCGUCACUGUCAUCCGUGAUGGCAAGGAUAUCACAUUCAAGGCCAAGCGCGAAGUGAUCGUGUCAUCGGGAGUUUUCGAGUCACCUAAACUGCUCAUGCUCUCUGGAAUUGGACCGGAGGAUGUCUUGUCGGAACAUAACAUCAAGCCUAUCGUCAAAUCACCCAAUGUUGGCCAGAAUGUCCUCGACCAUCCGAUUUUAUCCCACGUGUUCCGAGUCCAGGACGGCUAUGGAUUGGAUAACAUCCUCCUUCGCGCAGGGCCGAUGUAUAAAGCUGCCGCAGAACAGUACCAGAAGAGCAAGAAAGGCCCAUUGGGCAGUACACUCCUCGAAAUGAUUGGUUUCCCACGUAUCGAUGAGCGCUUGGAGAUGAGUGCAGAGUACAGAGAAGCCAAGAAGAAGAAUGGCGACAAAGACCCCUUCGGACCAGGUGGUCAACCACACUUUGAGAUUGACUUUGUGCCCAUGUUCGCUGAUGCCUUCCAAUGGCACUACCCCACCCCUCCAACAGGCGAAUACAUCACUAUCAUCGUCGAUCUCUUGCGUCCUCUAUCCCGGAACGGGGUGAUCAAGCUCCAAUCCACUGACCCACUAGUACAACCAUACAUCAACCUGAACUACUUCUCUAACACCCUCGACCUGGUCGCUCUUCGCGAAGGUGUCCGGUUUGUCGACGACGUCCUGAUGAACGGCGAGGGCUUCAGUGAGAUUAUCCGCGAGGAAUACCCAUUCGCGAUGCCACGACAGUCGGACGAGGCAAUGAACAAAGCCAUUAUGGAACGUUGCCAAACGGGAUAUCACCCCUGCGGUUCAUGCCGUCUCGGGAAAGAUAUCUUGCAAGGCGUCGUUGAUCCGGAACUUAUCGUCCACGGGACCAAGAACCUCAGAGUCAUCGAUGCGUCCGUCUUCCCAGUCAUUCCGGAUUGUCGUAUCCAGAAUGCCGUGUAUAUGGUUGCUGAAAAAGGUGCCGACAUCAUCAAAGCUGCGCAUCCUGAUCUAUACUAAUUAGUAGAGUCUGAUGCACUCUGCGCAAGAGAGACGAUAGCAAUUGGAAAAGGCAUCAUCUGUCGGACAUAAUCGAGUGAUAACAGAUACAUUAUAGGACGGGCUCAGCGCAAAUUCUGUAGUAUAAUAAGAACACGAUAAUAUAUAUAAUAUAUAACAGGACGGU